UCUUGUCACUAUAGCUCAGAUGCUGCUGCGCUGGUGUGACAAGGAUAGUGAAAUAUUCAAUACUUUAUGUACGCUAAUUUGGCUAUUUGCACAUUGUCCCUACAAGCGCCACAUAAUUCGGGAGUAUAUGACGACUCCUGAAGCAUUAUAUGUGGUGCGGGAGACUAAAAAACUUGUUGCGCGUAAAGAGCGCAUGAAUCAAAAUGUACGCAAGCCUGUUGCACCGUCACGUGCUCCCAAACAGCAACUAUUCCGCAGUCGUGCGUUACCCAGCCUCGAACCCGACUACGGCGUCAUACAUAAUAAGCCGUAUACAUUUGUAUCGUCGAUAUUUGCAUUUGAUAUGCUGCUAGCUGAACUGGAAAUUGAAGUCAAUUAAAUGUAUUUCUUUUAUUGUUGUUUUAGUGUAUAUGAUUAACAAAUUCAUUUUUUUAUCCGUUGUAUGUAAGAAUUUCCGUAACAAGAAUUUUCAUAUUUGAUUUGUUUUCUAUACCAGAUACGAGAGUUUUCCAAAACACAUGGAUACAAAGCAUUAUAAGAAGUUUGUGUUCAAAAAUGCAUCAAACCACAGCAUCAGUCUCUUUUAUUUCUACACUAUAAUUGAUGGAAAUGCCUUAUUUGCGCAAUUAAGUUCCAAUGCGGCAUUUAACCGUGGUUGCGCAUAUUGGUCAUUUCCUCAAAUUAUAGUUUCGAAAUAAAAGAGACUGAUGCUUUGGCUUGAUGCAUUUUUGAACACAGACUUCUAACGCUUUCUAUCGAUUGUAUUGAUGCGUUCUGGAAUAUAGCCAUACUAUCAGAAGACUAUCCGAUAUUCAUAUAUAUCAAAUAGACUAGUUCGCUGUACAAUACUUUUUGUCGGCUACGACUAUGAUUACGUUAAUAUAUCCACUGUAAUUAA